AUGUCCGAUCAAGUUAAGCCGCCACGUCGAAACACCGCGGAGGACGAGACAGCAAAGGACUGUGCCGCCGAGGUGCCGGCGGAGGACGAGGAGGAGGUGCCGUUGUGUCAGCACGACGCUUACGAUGCCACCCUCUCCCUGGCAGAUCGCGAGGCUAAGUGGGGCUUCUCCUUCCACGAGCUGCAAUCCGCUGUGAAGGUUGUUCGGGUGCUGUUCCACAAUCCUGCCCUCUAUGUCGGUGACCCCUACCUCUCUGACAGCCGCCUCUACACAAUGAUCACCCGUGACCGGAAGACGAAGCGCGAGAACCGCGACGUUUUCAAGGCAAUCAUGAAUGAAGAGAAGAGUCGUCGCAAGCGUUACCUGCGCCAGCAGGACAUCGAGGCGGUGCGCCGCACUGCCAUGAAGCGCGAGCGCGAUGAUGCUCUGAGCGCACUGCUUCUGGCGGAUAGCGAAGGGGCCAAUGACAACGUAGCACCGCUUCUGCUCGCUGAGCGGCCGAAGGCGCCGGAGUUGAACGGCAGCGACCAGAGCGAAGACCACGGGAAGAGCAGUGCUGCCGGCACCGCUUCUGCAUCUGAUGGUGGUGCGGCAGGUAAUGCGGACACUCUGAGGCUUUCUGCAUCCGAGAAAGAGGUGUUGCGGCUUGUUGGUGCCUUUGAGAACCUUCUGCGCCUGGAACAGGCCCUACGAGGAGAGCGUGUCGAAGGCUACGAAGGGGACGCCGCAGCAGCGGCGGGAACUGCUGCGAGGCCCGGUGCUGAGGCAUCACCAUCUGUGGCGAACCCGCCCGUCACCGGCAGAGAAGGCGAUCUAUCUGCGCCUAGCACAUCCUUUUCCACAGUGAAGAAACUGCGCACGGAAACGGAUGCGUCGACGGCCGUCCCCGCCGUGGAGCUGGACUGGCUCGUGAUCACUCAACUGACCGCACAAGUGUACCGCUACCUCCCGCACUCGUACGGUUCCCAGAUGCCGCCACCCUUGUUUGCUGGCGCCGGGUCGACGGACGCCGUGAACUCCCCUCUUGUGGUGCGCAGCUAUGUCCGCGGCAUGAAAUGCUAUGUGGCGCAGCGUGCUGCGGCGCUGGUGCACCUCGCGAACGCGACGGCACCUCCAAAUACGCCACACUCGCCCAUCACCUUCGGAGGCGCGGAGCCUGCGCCGCUCCGCUCCUUAUUGGCGUCUACGCACCGCGAUGUGAUUGUGCGAACCCCUCUUGUCGAGCUGCAGUCCAUUCAUGGUCUUCGUUCGUUGAUUGAGGAUGGCGACCCCGGCGCUGCGUCUUCGCAGGCGAUGGCGACGGUGGACCUGCCGCUGGACGACCUGCUUCGAGCGCUCGAGCUGGUGCUGCUGGAGGGGGCUAGCGACGAACGGUUCUGCCCCGUGCCCGCGACCACUGACGGCGAUUGGGUGCAGGGGGAAGGGCGCGCGCGUGCGCAGCAGCUUUGCAUCGCCGAGCAGACGUUGCACUGCUUCAUCGCGCGUCGCGUGUACGGCUCUGCCAAAGUGCGCGGCUGCGGCCCUUCGCCGGUACUGAUUCAGCGCAGUCCUCCCACCUCCUCGUCAGAGGAGCCGGAGGGGUACUGCAUCUACGAGGAUGUGCAGCGCUACGCUGUCGAGCACCACGAGAAUGACGCGCAGUUGAAGCUGAACAAGUUUAUCGGGUGCCACAUCUGCAAGGUGCGCUACAACCGCCUCCACCCGUACUACUACAGUAUGUGCCACCUCUGCGGCGAGUACAACUACAACAAGCGCCUCAUGGCGCGAGACUUGCGAGGUAAAACGGUGCUCCUCACAGGCUGCCGCAUCAAGAUUGGGUAUGCGAUGGCGCUCUCGCUGCUUCGCUGCGGUGCCACCGUGCUCGGCACCACCCGCUUCAUCCACGAGGCGGUAGCGCGCUUUCAGCAGGAGAUCGACUACGACGUCUGGAAAGACCGCCUGCACCUCUUCUCGCUCGAUCUGCGGGACAUGUGGGUUGUCACGCAGUUCUGCGCGUUUGUGCGGCAGAGGUACAAGAAGCUGUUUGCCAUCAUCAACAACGCGGCGCAGACCAUCGCGCGGACACCGCAGUACACGGAGCACCUCCGCAACAUAGAGCUAAACCCGCCAGCCGCCCUGCAAGCCAGCAUCCAAGACGACGAAUGCGCAGCUGAGUGGCACAAUUUUUUCCGCCGCCACGCAACCGUCACGGUGGGGCAGCCGCUGUCUAUCGAGUACCACCCGAGCAUGCAGCCCUUCCUCGACACGAACCAGGGUGCUUGCCACGACGAUGCGGGCAAAACGAGGAACAGCAAGGGCGCCGCGCCGCAGUCCGGCAUCGUGGCGAGCAGCGUGUCGCCGUCGGCGGACGGCUCCGCAGUGGCGUUGCACGUGGCGUGCAACCGCACCCUCAUCUUUGACCGCUACGACACACAAGCGGAAGAGAGCGACCACCGUGAGAAGAACUCAUGGGUGAUGAACCUCGCUGAGAUACAGGGCAGCGAGGCGGCCGAGGUGAUGGCCAUCAAUGCCCUCUCCCCUUUCAUUCUCAAUGGUCGUCUGAAGGCAUGCCUGGCAGACCGGGACGGCGACGCCGUGCCGAGCGAGCCGCGCUUCAUCAUCAACGUCUCGGCGAUGGAGGGGCAGUUCUACCGGUUCAAGCAGACGACGCACCCGCACACGAACAUGGCGAAGGCGGCACUGAACAUGAUGACGCGCACGAGCGCCGACGACUACGCAGCGGACGGAAUCUACAUGAACUCGGUCGACACCGGAUGGAUUACGGAUGAGUCGCCGAAGCUGAAGAAGGAUCGACGGGCAGAGCAGUUUAUGCUGUGCCCGCUGGACGAGGUAGAUGCGGCGGCGCGCUGUCUGGAUCUCAUCUUCACCAACAGCCGCGUGUACGGCCUGUUUUACAAAGACUUCAAGGUGAUUGCGUGGUGA